AUGGAUCAUCUGAAGCAAUUUAAUGUCGAUCUUCCGUCGAAGAUUCUAUGUCAUGUUAGUGGUUAUCCGCUUGAGGUGGACAAAGAUACUGAUGAAGUAUACACCAAAAUUACUUUGAUGCCAGACUCCUCCAUGAAAACUGCAAUUCCUAUUCCCAAUAAUGUCAACCGUCGAUUCCCACUAGUUCGUUCUUUUACAAAGGUCCUAACUACAUCAGAUACAAACGGACAUAGUGGAUUAUCUGUGCUGAGAAGACAUGCAACUGAAUGUCUUCCUCCGCUGGAUAUGUCACAACCAACACCGACUCAAGAGCUAGUCGCUAAAGAUCUCAAUGGUUCAACAUCAUUGAAUCUAUGGACUCCGACAUUAACUCAAGGCCAAGAAAUUGGACAAUCGAGUAAGAGCUACCCAAUAAGUGUUGCUCAGCUUAGUUAUGAUAACUCAACUGAAGAUCCAAAGAUUCCUUCUGGUUGGCUAAUGAGCAGCUGCGAGGUGCAGAUGCAUGGUCUACGUCUAUGCAGAGCGAUGGACUUAACUGUUCUUGAUGGAUACAAUGAGUUGAUGAAAGAAUUGGACAAAAUCUUUGAUCUCAAAGGCCAGCUGUGUGCCGGUCAUUUAUGGGAAAUAGUCUAUAUAGACAAUGAAGGAGAUAUGAUGCUCGUCGGGGAGGAUCCAUGGCCGUAA